AUGAAGCUCAACUGGAAAACCGGGUUUCAGCCCCGCACCACGCACAGUCUUCAGCUGCCAUACGAAGAAUACGUCUACGCUUUGGAUAUGGCCAAAGACAUUGGCGACUGCUCGUCUCGGCUCAUUCGUCUGCCAAACAACAUGAUUGCACUGUGUAUUCAGGAUAUGGGUGCCAAGCAGGCAGCGGCCUCCCUGAGCAUCAACAUUGGCAGCCUGGCAGACCCGCCAGAACUGCAAGGGCUGGCACAUCUUCUUGAACAUAUGCUUUUUAUGGGCUCUGAAAAGUAUCCCGACAAGAACGAGUACAAAAGGUAUAUCACUGACAACUUUGGAUUUCCAAACGCGACAACGUCAUCAAACAAAACAAAUUAUAAUUUCCAAGUAGAUAACAGCGCCCUGGAGGGCGCUUUGGACCGGUUUUCGCGUUUUUUUAUUGAUCCGCUGCUGAGCGCUGACCGCAUCGAGCAAGAGCUUUUGGUUGUGGACUCUGAAUUCAAUCACUAUGUUCACGACAAUGAUCACAGGUCGCACGCAGUGUUUCGCGCAACAUCCAACCCCAAUUUGCCAUUCUCGCAAUUUACAACAGGAAAUAUUCAAUCCUUAAAGGUAUCAGCCAAAAAUUUGGGCAUGGAUCUGCGCAAAGAAUUGCGUGCGUUUUUUAACACAUACUACUCGGCAGACAUAAUGAAGCUGGUUGUUAUUGGUAAUCACUGCCUCAACCAAAUGGUGGAGUGGGUCGUCUCCAUGUUUCCAUGUGUUAAUAGCAAGGGCGACACAACAAUAAAGCUUGCUGGCCACCCGUUCAGCAACAAUGAGUUGGGCCGGGUGAUUCGCUUCGAGUCUACAGGCAAAAAAUACAAGAUAAGGAUGGUUUUUCCACUGCCAAAAUUUCAACUAGACAGUGGUAGCAUAAGUACGGCGUUUCUAUACAUUUCCACACUGCUGGCGCACGAGGGAGCUGGCUCAUUACUACCUUACUUGAGGCACAUGGGCUGGGCGACACACAUUUUUGCAUACCGCAACAACUGCGAUGCUGACGGGUUUGGUGUAUACUUUAUUGAAGUUAACGCCACGCCGCUGGGCACAAAGCAUUACGAGGACAUGACCAUUUCUGUGCUGACAUAUUUGCGCGUGCUGAGCCAAGUUGAGCCGCACAAUUGGUUUAUAAAGGAGGUUAUUGAGCACCAGUCUGCAAUUGAUGCAAGCCAAGUCAGAAGCAGUGGUGUUAAUCUUGCACAAAGGUUGGCCAACACAGCCCACACUUUGCUAAACCCAAUCAACAACAUGCCACACUGCAAGGCUGAUGUUGAUUUUAAAGAGCAGUUUGCAUUCAAAGAAAUAACGCAAGUUCUUGGUUACCUCAGCCCAGAAAACUACUGCUUGUACGUGGAGACUGCUGCAUCUACACACUUUGAAUGCAUGCAUACAGUUGAGCAUUAUAAUGUCAAAUAUAAGGUGAACACACUCUCUAAUUAUAUGACGAGCUUGGUUGACAUUUCAAAAUCUCCGUUAGCUAUCAAAUUUAGCAUGCCACAGCCAAAUCCAUAUACAUUUACAUUAAACGGACAUAAUGUCGAUGACAAGUGCAGCUCAGCCCCUGCGGCCACCACCGAGCCAACUAUGAUCAGGAGCAAUGAUUCAUUAGAGUUGUGGUUUAUGAGUAAUACUCAAGUUACAAAUCGAAAUGGCGUGACAGUUAUUAAAUUGAUGCUUCAAGACACUCAAAUUUCACCAUUGGCAGAAAUCAUGUUUCGAGCGCUCUGCUCAUACGCAAAUAUUGAGCUCAACGAAAUUAUGUUCCAUGCCUCCCGCGCUGGCCUACAGUUCUUGGUUGAGACAAUUACACGUGUAUUGAAAUUAAAGUUGCUGGGCACAUUGCGUUGCAGAGUAUUUUGA